GGCCACUAUGCCUCCAGGACUCUAAAGCCGUGGUAGAGGGGGAAGAACAAUUUUAGAGAGGAUGCCCAGCUGGUUUGUAGAAACCCCAGCUCAUUUCUCUUGGAAAGAAAGUUAUUACCGAUCCACUAUGUCCCAGAGCACACAGACAAGUGAAUUCCUCAGUCCAGAGGUCUUCCAACAUAUCUGGGAUUUUCUGGAACAGCCCAUAUGUUCAGUUCAGCCCAUUGACUUGAACUUUGUGGAUGAACCAUCAGAAAAUGGUGCAAGAAACAAGAUUGAGAUUAGCAUGGACUGUAUCCGCAUGCAGGAUUCGGACCUCAGUGACCCCAUGUGGCCACAGUACACGAACCUGGGGCUCCUGAACAGCAUGGACCAGCAGAUUCAGAACGGCUCCUCGUCCACCAGCCCCUACAACACAGACCAUGCGCAGAACAGCGUCACGGCGCCAUCGCCCUACGCGCAGCCCAGCUCCACCUUCGACGCCCUCUCUCCGUCCCCCGCCAUCCCCUCCAACACCGACUACCCGGGCCCGCACAGCUUCGACGUGUCCUUCCAGCAGUCCAGCACCGCCAAGUCGGCCACCUGGACGUAUUCCACUGAACUGAAGAAACUGUACUGCCAAAUUGCAAAGACAUGUCCCAUCCAGAUCAAGGUGAUGACCCCACCUCCGCAGGGCGCUGUCAUCCGUGCCAUGCCUGUCUACAAGAAAGCUGAACAUGUCACUGAGGUGGUGAAACGAUGCCCCAACCACGAGCUGAGCCGUGAAUUCAAUGAGGGACAGAUUGCCCCUCCUAGUCAUUUGAUUCGAGUAGAAGGGAACAGCCAUGCCCAGUAUGUAGAAGACCCCAUCACAGGAAGACAGAGUGUGUUGGUACCUUAUGAGCCACCCCAGGUUGGCACUGAAUUCACAACAGUCCUGUACAAUUUCAUGUGUAACAGCAGUUGUGUUGGAGGGAUGAACCGCCGUCCAAUUUUAAUCAUUGUUACUCUGGAAACCAGAGACGGGCAAGUCCUGGGCCGACGCUGCUUUGAGGCCCGGAUCUGUGCCUGCCCAGGGAGAGACCGGAAGGCGGAUGAAGACAGCAUCAGGAAGCAGCAGGUGACGGACAGCGCAAAGAACGGUGACGGUACGAAGCGCCCUUUUCGUCAGAACACGCAUGGCAUCCAGAUGACAUCCAUUAAGAAACGGAGGUCCCCAGAUGAUGAGCUGUUAUACUUACCAGUGAGGGGCCGCGAGACCUAUGAAAUGCUGCUGAAGAUCAAGGAGUCCCUGGAGCUCAUGCAGUACCUGCCUCAGCACACGAUCGAGACUUACAGGCAGCAGCAGCAGCAGCAGCACCAGCAUUUACUUCAGAAACAGACCUCGAUGCAGUCUCAGUCUACAUACGGUAACAGCUCCCCACCUCUGAACAAAAUGAACAGCAUGAACAAGCUGCCUUCCGUGAGCCAGCUUAUCAACCCUCAGCAGCGCAAUGCCCUCACCCCCACCACCAUUCCUGACGGCAUGGGAGCCAACAUUCCUAUGAUGGGCACCCACAUGCCAAUGGCUGGAGACAUGAAUGGACUCAGCCCCACCCAGGCCCUCCCUCCCCCACUCUCCAUGCCAUCCACCUCCCACUGCACUCCCCCACCUCCGUACCCCACAGAUUGCAGCCUUGUCAGUUUCUUAGCGAGGUUGGGCUGUUCAUCAUGUUUGGACUAUUUCACGACCCAGGGGCUGACCACCAUCUAUCAGAUUGAGCAUUACUCCAUGGAUGAUUUGGCAAGUCUAAAAAUCCCUGAGCAAUUCCGACAUGCCAUCUGGAAGGGCAUCCUGGACCACCGGCAGCUGCACGACUUCUCCUCCCCUCCUCACCUCCUGCGGACCCCCAGUGGUGCCUCUACAGUCAGCGUGGGCUCCAGCGAGACCCGGGGCGAGCGCGUUAUUGAUGCCGUGCGCUUCACCCUGCGCCAGACCAUCUCCUUCCCGCCCCGCGAUGAGUGGAACGACUUCAACUUUGACAUGGAUGCUCGUCGCAACAAGCAACAGCGCAUCAAAGAAGAGGGAGAGUGAGCACUACUGUGUGAAUGCCUCCCAUCCUCUCCCCAUCUGUCUGCAUCCCUACAAGGCACUAGUGCUUGACCUUCAAAGUGUCCCCUUUAGCUCCUUUCCUUCCUCUUCUCAGUCUGGCUUCCUAAGGGAAGAAGAAGUAAGAGGCUAUCUUUGAUCUAAUGUCCAACCUGGCAUCUGAUUCUGAUUCUGGCUUUAAGCCUUCAAAUCUAUUGCUUGCAGGACUGAAGUUAUCAUGGCUAGGUGGAAGUGAGCAAAAGAGCAGUGGUUGUCUCCUUAAGCUGCAAAGAUUUCUCAUUGACUUUUAUAAAGCAUUUUCACCCUUAUAGUCUAAGACUAUAUAUAUAAAUAUAUAAAUAUACAGUAUAUAUUUUUGGGUGGGGGGCAUGGAGUAUUGUUUAAAUGUAAUUUAAAGGAAAGGAAACUGAGUUGCACUUAUCAACUUAUUUUUUUAAUUUACUUGUUUGGAUGGCUUAUCUAUACCCCUUCUUUCAAGGGGUAUUAGGUAUGGUAAUUGGUAUCUAGAGCUUGAUGCCAUAUAUGAGUGACAAAAAUGUCCUUUCAGUUCUUUUGAUGCUAAGCAAUUGCCACAUCAAACCUUUGGAGUGAUCCUAUUAUAUUUACCAUUGCAUACUGUAUGGGUGAGAUCGUAUGCAUAUGUACAUGGUUCUCUAUUUUAGUGAACUUUAUGUGAUUGACAUUGCUACUAGUGAUGGUGGUUCACUUUGGGGUCAUUUAGUCUACUUACAAGAAAAAAUCCAUGUUCACACUGUCAAACCCUAGAAGAAAGGAAAUAUCCUCUCUUGCUUUCGGUUGGGAAUGGGGAAUGUGGGUCAUGGCUAAAAUUCUUUUUUUUUUUUUUUUAAUUUAUUUAUUUGUCAGAGAGAGAGAGAGCACAAGCAGAGGGAGAAGCAGGCUCCCUGCUGAGCAGGGAGCCCGAUGCAGGACUUAAUCCCAGGACCCUGGGACCAUGACCUGAGCUGAAGGCAGUCGCUUAACUGACUGAGCCACCCAGGCGUCCCAUGGCUAAAAUUCUGAAGAGGUCCUUGGCAGCUAGUUCAAAAACAUCAGGUAUCAUGUAUCUGGGUAUAUCAACAACCCCCUUACAUUUAAUACCAGACGCCUUAUCUCUUAGUAUGUAUUGGGAAAAUAUUUGCAGCCAAGUUUCAAUACUAGACUGACUAAGUCAAUGACACAUUUGUUACCCUUGUUAGAACUAAGGUAGAUUUGAUUGGGAUGAAUGCCGUCUCCUUAGUUCUUAACACUGAAAUUGUAGUGUCUAUUCAGAAUAUCCAGGAAAAACAGGAAUCAUACAGAAACACUGAAUCUCCAUUAAGCAGUAAGAGAUCAGUGAGCCAUGAAUUGAAAUUCUUAAAAGACCUUUUGAAACAUAGCUAAUAUUAUUUGAUACAUGUUUCUUUUGAAAACCCUCCUAUUAUAUAAAAUUCUGCAAAUAGAGGCUCGUUUAUCUUUCUCUCUUCAAGAUUUAAAACAGGAGCAGUGAUUUGGAAAAUCUAAAGUUAUGAGCUCAGUUUUCCUGUGGCAUCAGUUGGAUCACUCUAUCACUUUUCAUUCUUGAUCAAUAGGAGUUUGACUUUAUUGGAAAAUGACUGUGAGAAUCCAAUUUCCCGUCCAUCUCUAUUCUGGACUGUCAUAGAUAGAAAAAUGUCCCCACAGAUCAGGGGAUAAGCCUUCCAAUGGAGGUGUUGCUUGAACCACAUAAACAGAGAGUUGUCUUCAGACUUUGGGAAAAUGUGUAAAUGACAAUAUUCCUGUAGAUCUUUCAGAAAGAUGCUUUUUUUCCCCCCAAACUCUAAAACAAAUAUUUUGUACAUACGCUAAUGAGCUCUAAAAUCCUUCUGUGCGUUCUGAUAAAGGGCUAUGAUUGCACAGAAGCUUCCACAGUUGUUUUCAAGUGCAAAAGAGCUAACGUGGCUCAAAAGGGUAAUAUAUGAAUUUCACCUGAAAAGUGUAUAUAUGUUUUGUGUGUGAAAUUGCAUACUUUGUGUUUCAAUUUUUAUUUUCUUCUUGGGAUAGUGGGUUUUCCAGAACCACAGUUGAAGCUUUUUUUUAUUAUUAUUAUUAUGUUUUUAUAUUUUCAUGGAAACAUCAUUUAGUAAGACUACAAUGCCAAACAAGAAAAAAAAAUGCCAUAACUGUAAGAUAGGGGGAAGGAAAUGUUGUUUUUUAUUAUUAUUUUUAUUUUGUAUGUUCAAGAGAGUGAGUCCUUGAUUUCAAAGUUUUAUUGUGCUUAAAUGGUAAGGGGCACUGUUAAUUUGUGGAGUACGUAUGCGACUUGGCUUUGAAAACCUACUGAGGGGAAGAAUGAAAGCUGUGCAUCGGCAAUGCUCGGAGGGCAGAUGGCUUCCCCGACUGUCCUGAGUGUUUGAACAAACCUAGGACCUCUUCUGAGCUAUUUCAGCACUGUUCAGGUAGCACUAGGGACUCAGAAAUUCCUGUACUGUAGCUUACGUGUUUGGCACUAGCCAAGGCUAAGCACAAUGACUGGCCUCAUGUCCUGGUGGCAACUUCUGCUCUUUGAGUGUAUGAGUAGCUAGGAUAAGGGGUGAACGAGUAUUCAGAACCGAUGAGUGGGAGUGGACUUAGUGGAGGUCCUGGGGAGGGGGUGGGGCUCAGCUCAAUGCAGUCUGCUGACAAGUGGAUAGAUUUUUGUUUGAAAGGGAUGAGAAACAGAAAGGGAGAAUAGAACUUUCUUCAUUAAAUCCAUUUGCCUUUUGUUUUCUUGAUAUUCUCCUAAAGUACAGUAUGUGGGAUGUUGAAUGUUAAAGGUUUGUUUUUUUUUAUUAUUUUUAUAAUUGUACAAAAGUUAAAUGUCAAAUGUUUUAUAUGCUUUAUUAAUGUUUUGAAAGUUUCUUUCUUAUAGAUGUGAUACAUUUUUUUUUUAAGCUUCUGUUGCUUGUCUUUUGGUAUUUUGUGUAAUGGGCUUUUGGUGAGCCAGAGGCAAAUCUCC